GGCGGUCGUAGAGGGGUCGAGGGGGGCAGGGGGGCAGGCGGAGUGCAGCGGGGCGGUGCAACGCGCGCCGCCGGCCCGGCCGUCGACGGGCAGACAGUAGGACGGCAACGCCACUGCGAGUCGGUGACCAAGGCGCGAACAGCGCGCUCGCACCGUGACAUGUAGCGCGGCCGCCGCGCUCAGCCUCGCGACUCCACCGUCGGUGGCGGCGCGCCGAUGCGCCUGCCGUCCGCGCCGACGACGCCCGCGCCGCCGUGACCGUACCAACGCGAGUACAGAGUGAAUCCCUCUCUUGGACCUGAAGCGAGCCCGACGACCGUCGGAUGGAACCCCGAGUGCGCCGAUUCGCAUCAAGGUUAGCUGAAUAUUUGAAUCGGCGGGAGCUAGCUCAGACAUGGGAAGUGAGCACUAUUGCCUAAGGUGGAACAAUCAUCAGAGCAACCUGCUGGGAGUUUUCAGCCAGUUGCUUCACGACGAGAGUCUGGUAGACGUCACGCUCGCCUGCUCCGAGGGUGCCUCCAUAAGAGCUCACAAGGUCGUUCUGUCUGCGUGCUCAUCCUACUUCCGUUCGCUGUUCGUGGACCACCCCUCGCGACAUCCCAUAGUGAUCCUCAAGGACGUGGGUCUGGAGGAGCUGCGGACCCUGGUCGACUUCAUGUACAAGGGAGAGGUCAACGUCCAGUAUUGCCAACUACCCGCGCUCCUCAAGACUGCUGAGAGUCUUCAGGUCAAGGGAUUAGCUGAAAUGACUACAUUAAGUGCAGCUGGUAUCGAUACAAGAAACGUUCCUGAACCAAUGGAUGAGUGUCAAUCCCAGGACACUAAGGAGUGUCAAGAGUCCCACGAGAGACUAGAUGGUUGCGAGAAAUGGGAGAGAGAAGAAAGGCGUGACGCGAAGGAUUUGCGGGAUACCCGUGAUAGAGAAAACAAGGAUCGAGACUCAAGAGAAGCUCAUCCAAGAGAAAAUCGUGAGUCGAGGGAAUCACAUAGAGAGCAUAGAGAACCGCGAGACUUAAGAGAACAUCGCGACCAUCGCGAUGUGAGGGAGCAUAGAGAGGCGAGAGAGCCUAGGGAACCUCGUGAACCCAGAGAAAACAGAGAACCACGAGAAACUCGCGACCAUCGCGAAGUUCCUCGGGAUUUAAGGGACAAUAUAAGAGAAAUUCGAGAAUCUAAAGAAAUAGAGUCAACACCUCCAAGGAUAUCGCCAUUACUGACAGUUCGGAGAUUUAGAAAUGAGAAUUCAACAGAACCUCCUACCCUAACGCAUCCUCCCCUGCCCAAGGAUGAACCGCCUGACGAACCAAUGCGUCCUUCAUCGCCCGAGGACGACGCAGUAUCUAUAAGAUCAAAUGGGGCACAUAAUGAAAACAUUGGCAUAAACAUGACUAUAAACAGCCACGGCGUGCUGGGGCCGCGAUACUCGCCAGUGGAACAGCGGCUGAGCGUGUUGAACGCGAUUUCACACCCUGGUCUACCUCAUCCUUCACAUGCAUCAUUGCCCAGUCCACGGAAUGAGCCAAUCGCAGGCCCCUCGGGUCUGCCGCCGGUGCAACAAGUACCCUUGUCUCUGAAGAAGGAAGUAGAUUGGGACCGGAGUAAUGAAGACAAAGGUGGCGAGUCAUCCACGGAUUAUCGAAUACAGCAUGAAUCUAUGUGUCUGGACAUGACAUGCAGUUCACCCAGUAUUCCGAGUCCUAUUCCACCGCGAAGCCCUACCGCUCUACCGAUCUGGUCGCCGUUACUGGCAUUACAAGCGUGCCGCUUACGCAGGUAUCUUAGCGAUGACUGUAUGACUUACCAAAACAGGCACCUCCUUCACUCGGAGAGACGCCGGUGUGGAGUUUGCCUCGCCUCAUUUCCCUCCACGUGGCUCCUGGAGCGCCACGCCGCCCUGCAGCACGCAUCGCAGACCUCUUGCGACGAUAAACCAUUUGUCUGCGAACAAUGUGGACAAAGUUACAGAUAUAGGUCCGCUUAUGUCAAACACAGAGAGCAAAAUCACCGAGCCAGGUUACCGGCUGACAAACUAUUCACCUGUGAUGUCUGUGGAAUGCAGUUUCGCUAUCUCAAGUCAUUCAAAAAACAUCGUUUGAACCAUACUUUAGAGCGACUUCACACUAAGAACACCGAUCAGAGUGACAGUUUAAAUCAAGUUUCUAGCACAAACGAGGCUUUGUUAGGUCGCUGUGGUGAAAUGGACCUUUCUAUUAAAAAGAAAAACAGACCUGAAAACACCAGAAGCCCCCCGAUCGAAGUUCACGAUGAACAAGACAGUACCGUUGACUCGAACGGCCCAUCAGACUCCAUAGUGACAGUUGACGAUUCGACUGACUGCAGGAACUCGAGUGCCGAAAGUGAGAGCAAACGAGACGGCACUCCCUCGGAAGAGAGAAGGCGCGUUCCUGUCUCAUUUGCCAGCGUUAGUUCAAUCGCAGAUAGUUCAGAGAGCGAGUCUCGAGCUGAUAGCAAGCACGAUAGCGCGAGUCCACAUUCGGGCAUUAUGGGAUUCUUGCAAAAUGACGAUAGGCAACGAGAUAGGGAGAGGAGAUUUGCAUGCCCGUUUUGCGGGAAAUGCGUUAGGUCCAAAGAGAAUUUAAAGUUGCACGUGAGGAAGCACACCGGGGAGCGACCGUUCGUGUGUUUGUUCUGCGGGCGCGCGUUCGGGGGCAAGAGCGACCUGACUCGGCACCUCCGUAUUCACACCGGUGAGAGGCCGUACCACUGCGAGGCCUGCGGUAAGUGCUUCGCGCGGGCCGACUACCUGUCCAAGCACUUGACCACUCACGUGCACAACGCGCGCUGAUCCGCCGCAUCCGACGCCUCUGCGCCGACCGCGCCGUCCUCCGUUCAAUAUUCGCAUACGUCUAUAUUUAUUGACCGAGUCAUAUUAUAACAUUAAAUCGGAAUAUUUUUUAAAACAUUUUUAAACUUUACACGAUAUUAAGCAGGUUUUAUUAAUAGUUCACAGGACUGUUUUUAUUUUAGAGUUGUUUACGGAUAAGUAGUUAAUUGAGUAUUUUUUGAUAAUUAUCUAAGAGGAUACACGUUGGAACGUCAGAUGACAAGAAGUGGUUGCACAAGAAUAGGUAAUACACCGUUGAUCGAUUAUACGCCUUACAGACUUAGGUAUUAACCUACCCACCAGUUUGGCACUGACAUAAACGCUAGCGUGAAUGUAACUUACUUUCUAAGCAUCUCGCUCGUACUGGCAUAUUAAUGCGAGCGAGAUAUAUAGAAAUUAAAUUACGUAGGCGUUAACGUAUAAUAUGUCAGUGUUGACACUGUCAGUGACUCGUGGUACGGGUACUAGACUUUGACGAUAUUAAUGAUUUACGUGUCAGUGUCAGAAUAAUAGUUUGUUUGUGUGAGUUUGUAAUACGAUAUUGCGUUAAUUUCACUUAAUAUUUCUUGCAUUAAUAGUAUUCUUCUACCACACAUAAACUUACUUCUACCCCGUUACCCAUAUGUUAAAGAGAAUAGUUGCUUGCACUAAAAAUUCAAGGAAUGUAAAUUAACCUAGAUUAUUUUUAACUCAUCUUUAAUUUAGCUUUGUGGUAAUUCUUAGGUACUUGGAUGUGCAACGGUAUCGAUAGGUACCUACUCGGUACACAUUAAUGAAAGAAAGAGCGAAGCUCACCGUCCCAUGUAUCUAACUCUUACGACGGAAAAGGAUAACUACAAAUAUUUAAUAAAAUUACCUACGUCUUAAUUACUUAGGUUUAGUAUAAUUUCACAAGUCAACCAGUUAGGGUGUAAGGGUAAUUUUAUUUCUUUGACGCAGCACAUUAUUCAGAUCGGAUUUGUUUAUGUGUGAUGUUUUCGUAUCCGUUGCAGAGUGAUCUAAUGCAAUACAAACGGGUGAUAAUGUUAUUAUACGAAUACGUAAUUAAUAUAUUAUUUUAUUCAAUACGACAACGCCACUUAUGUUUCUGUUAAGGAAGUGCUUCACAUAGUUUCUUUUGCCAUAUUUUUAUAUGUCACUGUAAUUUUAAGAUUGAAGUAACUCAUUCCAUUGAAGAGUAGGUAUCUAGAAAAUUGUUAGUUGCGAUGAUAGAUACAUAAGUAGGAGAAUGCAAAAGCUGUGAUUUGUAUGAUUAAGACCAGUCAACCAGUUUAGGACAUCGAAAAAGUUUUGUAUAAUUUAAAUAUGAUAUAAGGAAAUAAUUUUAAAGAGCGUUUAAAUAAGUAAAGCUAGGUUUAAGAAAUCUCUCUGUGCCAAAAUAUUUACCUCAUACAAAUAAACAGUGAAUUAUAUUAUAAAGAAUGUAAUGCCGUGCUACCUAUAUUAAUAUUAAAUGCAAGUGACGAAAUCACUUAUUUUUUUUAUUAAUAUGUGCAUGCCUGACGGAUCUGGUUUGAUUUUAUAGAUAAUAAUAUGUACAAUUUAUACAAUUAGUUCAAAGUAUAGCAUUUUUACUUAUUCUAUGUAUUUACUACAUGAAAUAAAACCACUUUUUCGUCCAGUCGAACCAUAAUCUCCUACAUUAGGUAAGGAGUUGGCGACUCUAAAUAAGUUACUGUGUUUUAGUACAAACAUACUGGCCUGCAUUUUCACUGCAAUAUUAUGCUAACACGCGACAUUAGUCGCUCUUGGACGACGUCAACUGCCGCAAAUGUGAUAAUUUUUGUUGUUAUUCUCAAAAAGGAGAUUGGGUGGAAAAUAAAGGGUUGUUCUUUCAAUCUAUUUACACUGCAUUAAGCAAGUGAGUUUUUAACCUGUUAUACAUGCACACGAGAACACAUUAGAAGUAACGGAUAAAAUUGCAUACAUUGAAAUAAUUAAAGAAAUGCUCAAUUUUCUUUACAACCUCCUUUUCAACUAGAUUCCAAAGUAACUAUACAGUGUCAAUUAUGUACAUUAUAUAGAAUAAGUGAUUUAAUACCGGCAUUUUAAAAAUAAGUAAUUUUUAUUAAUUGCUAUUUGCGGGCCAGUAUUUUUCUGAGAAUGAUGCAAUAGUCAUUGUAAAAUAGUUGUCAUAAUCUACAUUUUAAGUAUAUUGUAUUUUAUGAUAAUAACAGCCAAUGCAACGAAGUUGAAAGAAACGGGAAACAAUAUAAUUUAAUUCAUGAUUUUCAAUCGUAUAAUGUAUAGCUUCCGUUUGAUAAUUGUUAAUUUAUAUGAAAGAUACACUUGAAUAGGAUGUACUGUUAUAUUAUAGUUAUUUAAGUUUGCCAGAGGGAUUUAAUAUGUAAUAUUUAGGUAGGUAGUCGAAAACUUCUAAGUAGGUAUAAACGAGAAGCAAUACUCUGAAUUUUUAUUUUUAAUACUCUUUACAGAAGGAAUAAGUUGACUGGUCAAUAUUAGGACACGUGCACUAUUUUUGUGAGAUUAAUAGAAUGAGAAGAAAUGCACUACACCAACGACUUGCACUUUGAUAUUGUUGAUCAGUUUUCGUGUUUUUUCUGUAAAUAUUGAAGUUUUUCAACAAUACCAUCGAAAUAAACAAUGAAAUACCAUGUAUAGGUAACUAAUGAAAACAAAAUGUGUAUAAUGUAGAUAUUUGCCAUUACGUCAAAUCUAAACAAUAUGAUAUAUUAAUAUUCAAAAUUGAUGUUGACUGUUUUUAUAAUUAUAUGAUCGGUAGUUACUUGAUGUUGUGGUGUAAUUAGUGUCUUAUAGGUAUAAGGUUAUUAACCACUCACAUUUGCUCUCGGCGUUGCUGUAAUAAUCUUUGAUAGAACCCCCAUUGUUGCCAGUUUUAUACUAUAUGUAAGUAGGUAUCCAUUUUGAUAUUCCAUAGAUGAACAUCAAGUCAACGCUUCGGCAAUUAUGAGUGGUUCAUUAUUUUGAACUCUCUUAGUGUUAACUAUUGGUGUGGUAUUCUUUAUAUUUGUUCAUGUAAUAUAAAUAUCUCUAAUAUAAAUAAUUUUAAAUCAGAUUCAUAAUUAUACUCAGCACUGCAGAGGAUUGUAAAUAUGCGAGUACUAACCAGGACAAAUGUGAUAAACUAGAAUGUAAGGGUUCUCUUUUGUUUAGUUUUAUAAUUAUUGUGAGGAAGGUUUUACCAUUUUAAUUUCAAAAUAUAAAUUUAUUACAUAUCUUCUCACAACAUUUGCGUUGUUUCAAACGUGGAAAGUUUUGUUAUUUGGCAUAUUUUAACUUCAGAGUUAGUGUUUUAUCUAAAUGGGCAUUAUUUAUUUUAUACGUUUUGGAAGGACUUCUAGGUGGAACUUUUGGAAACCUACCUCAACUCCUACCAAAGGCUGGCCCUAACCGUAUACUAAAGUAAGGUUUGGUCUCGGAAAUCGGUUAAAUAAUAGGUACCGUGACGCACAAUUUAACCACAGAAAAUCGUUAUAUCUCCGUCCAAUCUAAAUAACUAUCAGUGUCUUUAAUUUUUAAUCAUGGACAAAAGUAUGUUAUUUAUAAUAGCAUGACCAUUAACUGCAAACUUUGCUAGUUUUCUAAUGAUUUUUAAAUAGUUUGUUGUUGGUAAAGCACGUUAAUAAUCUAGGAAUACCAUGUGACGAAAUAGCGACUUAUCGAAUGAGACGCUUUGGUAGAAGUCCAUUAUAUAAGGGCUCUCUUCGUAGGCAUUAAAUCGUUAAUAGCGAGGAGGGGGAGGGGUGAUGAUUGUGAUAUUAAUUUAAGUCCCAACAGUGGCCGAGAUAUGUCUCCAGCGUACGCGAUUCAACGAAGACCGAUUCUAGACUGAUUUUUGGGUAGAAGAAAAGUAGGCCAGAAGUUUCGCCGUUUGUAAAAUCGUAGCGAAUUAAAAUUUAAUACAGAUUGAUUUUAAAGUUUUAAAAGCCAAAACAAUGCAAUAGUUCACGAUAUCAAAACAAUAAGAGAGUUUACCUACUUAAGUUUUAAACAUAACAUAUACAGAAUUUUUUAUAUACCAAUCUUAAAUUAUUUUUCAGAUGUAUUGAUUUUUAUACGUCUCCAUAUACAACGUUGAAUAGAGGUAAGUGUAGGUAUCGUAGAUGGGUCUAUUAACCGCGUGGUGCUACAAUGUGUAAUGAUAUGUGAUAGAAACUGUUCUACAGAGACAUUUUAUUUAUUGAAGCUUCCAUAGGUAAUUAAAUUAUAAACUACUUACAUAAAAUACUGAAAACAGCAUCAGCAAUAAUUUUGUUUAGAUGUUAUCACAUAAGGGUUUUUUUGGAACAGUAUUUUUAAAAGUAUCUUGUGUCUCUAAGAAGUCUAAGAAUCAACGUAUUCAAUAUUGUAAGAAUGUGUUGGUGUAUAUGGUGCUUAGCCAUUUGGAUAGAAAAAUAGAUUACGCAAUUUGGUCGUCGUGCCGUACUGCACCUUGGAAGCUAACAGGUUAUAUGUAUUGGUUAAAUGUAAAGGACAUUCGACCUAUAGCUCCCAAGGCGCAACUAGGAAGAUUGAUGCUAGACGGGGCGAGCCGAGGCGAAUUGUUUCAAAUUUUUUCCGCAUUCGCGGUAAAUGUGCAGAUAUAAGUUCGUCGUAUAAGGCAGAACCUGCCUGAUAAGUAGCUAGUAAAAUUUCAAUAGCAACCAUUUGUCAAUAGGCAACAAUAGUUUAUUGAAGUACGUAUUUUAUUGUAUGUUGAUUAUUAUAGGACCUUAUCAACAAUUUACUGACUUACUAGGUCCCCUUAUUUCGCUUUCGUAUGGAUUAUACAUUUACUUCGAAGUCGAAAAAACACUAAAAUAUUUAUUUUCUCCCUUAACCCAUUAGCGCCCAUUGUACCCACUUAGGUACACCUGGGUUACGGUGUUAGAUUCGAUUUCUACUUUAACUACCUAACAGCAAUUAAAAAAAAUGGUGGUUUCCAAAAAGUGGGUGUAGGCGCUAAUGGGUUAGAGCGAUAAUAAAGUGAAAUGAUUAAUGUUUACGUAAAACGGGAUAAAAAAUUUAUGUAGUUUGAGUUAUGAUUAUAAUUAUUUCAGACAAUCUGUGGCCUGUUUUAUAUUAUUAUACAGCCAGAAGCAAUAAAAAUGUUACACUUAACAAACAUAAAUAAUGUUCAUACAAAGUGAACUCGUUCUUAUUGCUUUUGAGUGUAGAUUUAUUUUUAUUUUGUUAUAAACAAGUAGUCGUUAGUAAGAACUUGCUGUUUUGUAAAUUAAUAUAUUUUAAUUUUUUAUUUUUACCUCGUCAAUUUUCAGAUAAUAUUAUUAUUGUUAAAGGUGUCAUGUUUUUUUUUAUAUUUGUAAGAUGAUUGAUAACCCAACAAUGUUAAAACUUUUCUUUAACACAAUGACAGCCGAUAAAAUAGUCCAGUUAAUUUGUGUAUCUUGUCCAUUGUCCAAAUUAACUUAGGCAUAGUUCCAUAUUUUGGAUGUGUAUUAUAUCUACGAUCUAAAUUAAAAGCUAUUGUGUAUAUUAUUUCAUUCAAUAUUGAUGUGCAAAAUUAUAGUAAAUGUCUUGGAUCUCUAAAAAUAAGAAAAAAAAAGACAAAAAUACUUUACAAAAUUUCUAAAUGUGCAAUAAAUGUGUGUUGUAGUGUUACCAUUAGGCAUAAAAUUUUCAGCGACAAAAACAUUUUUACUGGAACACGCAUAUGGCAAUUUGUGUGUUCAACAUGUAUUUGAUCUCAUUAUUAAAUUAGUAAAUAUGUUUUUGUGGCACAAUAAAUUGAAUAUUUGGCACUUUAAAAAAGGCACAUUUUCCUAAAAUAAUUGAAAAACGGUUUGAAAACGUGUUGAAAAUGGAUUUGUUGGUAAUUAAUUUCAUAAUGAAAUAUAUUUGUUUCAUUAA